AUGGCUUCGCAGAAAGACCUGCAAGAGCUUUUACGCCUGCUAACCACAGGUCGCAACAAGGUCCCUAUGAUAUCUGCUAUGGGGCGCGUUAAAGCACUUCAGGCGGCAAAUCUUCGAAGUAUCUCGGACAUUGCGGCCUCAGACCUUACCACCCUAAACGAUGUACUGAAGGACGAAAAAGUAGCCAAGUCGCUCCUCACAGCAUGCAAAUCCCAGACCAAACCUGGAGCAGCCAAGCGCUCUGCCUCUGAGUCCUUGUCCUCUUCUGCCAAGAAACCCAGGUCCGCUUACGAAAUUGCGAAUGAACCACAAACUCCUGCCGAGCUCGAAGCUUCGCUAGAACUCCCGCAGCCAUCCGCAGACGAAGAAGCGAUUUCCAAGUCAGUGAUCUACACGAAUCGAGCCCCUCUCGUGCUGGCUUUUGCCGUGGAGCUGCUGAAAUAUACAAUGCCUGAACAACCACCGAGUUCGAGACUGAGUAUGGCGCAAGCUGUUGUGAGCGUCAACUCGAGAAGCAAAGCAGUUAGUCUGGGGAUAGAGAAAGGGAAGGGUGCAGAUGAGGAAGGGUGGGGCAUGGGACAACCUAAAGUCAGAGUGAUGGGGAGGGAAAUAAGCGUGCUGAAGAGAACUGGGUAUGAAUGGAAAGAAGAGAUCAAGGUGGAAGAAAGUAAUGGACCUGAGAGGAAAAUAGAGGAAAGCGCAGACAACACGCAGGACACAUUAGUGUCAGAGACAGCUGCGGAGAAGAAGCCCAAGGAUGGAUGGACGGUUUCUACAAGCGUCACCUCGAAACAAUCUGCGUUCGUCGCAAGGGCAAUCAGCAUUUCAUCUCCAUCGGAAGCAUCUUCCAAACUCCAGAAGCUGUUGUCAGACAACAAGGAUCUCAGAAGCGCCAGCCACAACAUCACAGCCUGGCGCGUACAAGGAGAGUAUGGCGUUAUCGAGGAUAGUAAUGACGACGGCGAAUCUGGUGGCGGACGCCAUAUCCUUGGACUUUUACAGGCAGAUAAUUUCACAGGUGUCCUCUUGGUCGUAUCACGGUGGUACGGCGGUAUCAUGCUCGGACCCGAUAGAUGGCGGAUCAUGUCUCAAGUUUCCCGUGAUGCCCUGUCACAGCGUCUACGGGUAGCUGGAGUUAUUGGGCAAGAAGCCCUUUGGGGAUUAGAUUUAGAGGCUAUGAGGAAGACGGAUGCGCCGGUCACUGGUGGCAGAGUUGCAGGAAUGCCGAUUCAUAAGCCUGAGGGUGCUAGACAGUAUAUUCUCAAGUCUUUUAGCUCACCGCCUGAUUCUGAAUCGAAGAAGAAGAAAUCAGGUGCUGCGUUGGACAGAGAAAGGGAAGAGAAUCUGGGGUUGUUACUUGGAGCACUGGACAUGCUAUUUGGAUCAUGGGUGGAUCACAUCACUCGGGAAGAACUUGACCGCAGAGCUUGGGGUUGGUACGUGGGUGUGAGGCCCGAAGUGGAAGCCGGCGUAGCUGGCUGGGGAGGAAAGGGAGAAGUGAAAUUGAUUGAUAUAUUAAAUCUGAGGAGGAAAGGAUGA